CUAAAUCUUUUCUUUACUAAUUCACACAUUCACACCAUUCUACAAAUCUCUCUAUUCCAAUCAUUUCAAAUUUCACAUCUCACAUCCUCUCUCUUUCAUAUUAUACUAUAUAUGAAACAUUCUCAAAAGAAUAUUGGAACUUACAAAGUACAAACCCCUUCAAUAAUUUUCAUUAAGGUUUUUUCAUCUUCAAUAUUUUAUAUUAUAUAUCAUGGAUUUUGAUCUCGAUCUUGGUCUAGCCCUUCAUGAUAAAUAUUCAUAUGAGAAUUUUGAUAGCCAUAAAACGAGAGAAAACAAGAAGAAAAUGGAGAGUAAGAAUUAUCUAUCACUUUCGUUAGGACCAUCAAAGGAUGAUGAUGAAGAAAAUACUAUAACUCAAAAUUCACUUACUUCUCCAAGUAUAGAGUCUUCGUUUUCAAACUCCAUGAACAUGAUGAAGAAGGAGAUUGGUGAUGAAUUUGAGGUAGAGAUUGAGAAGGUUCCAAUUACAAGGAUUGGAAAUGUUGAUGAAGAUGGUAAUUCAAGGAAGAAACUUAGGCUCACAAAAGAACAAUCAGAAGUUUUGGAAGAAAAUUUCAGAGAGCAUUCUACACUUAACCAGAAGCAAAAGCAAGCAUUAGCAGAAAGGCUGAAACUACAAGCUAGGCAAGUAGAAGUGUGGUUUCAGAAUCGGAGAGCCAGGACAAAAGUGAAACAAACAGAAUCAGAUUUUGAAGUGCUAAAGAAGUGUUGCCAAACUCUAACAGAAGAGAACAAGAAAUUGAAAAUAGAGCUGCAAGAACUGAAGUCAAUACAAACAGUGGCAGCAACACCCACCUUUUAUAUGCAGAUUCCAGCAGUCACAGUAACUAUAUGUCCUUUGUGUGGUAACAACAAGAAUGGCUCAAAGGCUCGAUAAAUGUAAAUUUCACACUAGUUAGCUUGCAAGGGAGGAUAUAGAAUCUUGUUCUCCUUUGGUAUCGUAGGAAAACUUUGGUGUUUGAUGCAUUUUGUGUGAUAGAUAAUUUGCAGUUACCGGUUAGUUUUUUUUUUCUUUCUGUUAGACUUCUAUAUGUAAUUAAAGAUAUAUAUAUUUUAGUAUAUUAAAAUG